AUGUACGACGGCCAGAGGAAAGAACGUCUGGCCUUUCUCAGGGCAGAAAUACAACCUGCCCAUGCUGAUGUUCUACUCUUCGCAUGUUGUCUUUGUUCGGGCCUGGUCGAUAGCACACUGUAUAACGCGUACAAUACAUUCGUGUCCAUGCAGACUGGCAAUACUAUCUUCGUCGGUUUGGGAGCCUCCAACCAGAACCCCCGGCCUUACGGCUGGGCGCGCUCUCUCACUUCAAUCGGAUGCUUCAUCAUAGGCUCGUUCAUCUUCGCCCGGCUGAACCGUCUCUUCGGGCCAAAGAAAAGGGGAACGUUAAUUCUCUCAUUCGGUCUACAAGUGGUCAUGCUGAUUCUCACGGCAUGUCUGGUCCAGAGUGGCGUCAUUGCGGGACUUCCGCUACACAAUCUGGCGACCGCAGAGCCAGACUGGACCCAAGAAGUACCCAUCGUACUCCUUAGUAUCCAAUCUGCAGGACAGAUCGUUGCCAGUCGAGCCCUUGGAUAUAACGAAAUCCCGACGGUUGUGAUCACAAGCUUGCUCUGUGACCUGAUGUCUGACCCCAAACUCUUCCUCUUGCGGAACGAGAAACGGGAUCGCAGGAUUAUUGCCUUUGUCCUCACUCUUGUUGGGGCCAUUGCAGGCGGUUGGAUCACCAAGGGCACAGGGGAUAUCUACGCUGCUCUGUGGAUAGCAGCAGGAAUUAAGCUUGGCAUUGCAAGUGCAUGGCUGUUCUGGAAGGAAGAAUUGGAAUUGUCAACUUGAAAUCAUGUGUAUAGAGG